AACCGUGGGCGCUUGGCUGAGAAACGCACCAUCCCCCUCCCCCCCAACCGGGUGCCCAAGAAGGAGCUGGCCUCCAUCUUCAGCAGUGACGACAGUGAGGGCAGCGAGCGGGCCAGUGGGGAUCAUGCCCACAUCAAGCAAGAGGACGAGUUGCAUUACAGUAUCAUGAGAAAGAGUCGUGACAGUGACCUCUCUACAAUCAUCUCCAACCUGCACCACACCAGACAGCACGGCAUGCCUGAGGGCCAGUCAGCCUCUGACCACAACACCAGUACCGGACACACAGGUAGGACCAACAGUGAUGCU